AUGUAUCAGGGCGCCCCCUCGUCAGUUGGCUGGGCGCACAAUGUGCCAAUGCCACCAGCAGACCCACGCAUUUUCGGCCAUGGAUUCCCACAUGAACAACAAGCUCAACAUCCUGUACCUCCAAACCAAUGUGGGUGUUCGCAUGAACCACCAGCUCAGCGUCAUGCACCUCUAAACCAAUAUGGAAACUUGAAUGAACCACAAGCUCAUUGUCCUGUACCUCCAAAGCAAUAUGGAUGGCCGCUUGAACCAGAAGGUCAACGUCCUGUACCUCCAAACCAAUAUGCAUGGCCAUAUGAACAACAAGCUCAAUGUCAUGUACCUCUACACCCAUUUGGAUUGUCGCAGGAAGCACAAGCUCAACCUCCUGUACCUCCAAACCAAUUUGGAUGGUUUCUUGAGCCACAAGCUCAACGUCAUAUACCUCUAAACCAAGUACCUCUAAACCAAUAUGGAUUUUUGAAUCAACCACAAGAUCAACGUCCUGUACCUCCAAACCAACGUGGGUGGUCGUUUGAACCACAAUCUCAACGUCUUGUGCCUCCAAACCAACGUGGAUGGUCGCUUGAACCACAAGCUCAACGUCCUGUACCUCCAAAUCAAUAUAGAUUGUCACAUGAACCAGGAACUCAACGUCCUGUACAUCUAAACCAAUAUGGACGUUCGCGUGACCCGCGAGCUCAACGUCCUGUAACUCAGGAACCUGUCCACCAAUAUCAUCCACCACCAUCCACGAAUGUACCUUCACAUACCUUUCAGCCCAUCCUUCAGUCAUCUCUUGCAGAUAAUCCGGCUCUUCCACUACAGCAGGAUGGGCGUGGCCUCCAAAUGUCACCUGUGUCAUCUAUUGGGGCACCUAAUCCGGCACUCCCACUACAGCAGGAUGGGCGUGGCCUCCAGAUGUCGCCUGUGUCAUCUAUUCGGGCACCAAGUCCACAGUUAGGGCUGCCUGAACAGUGUUUGCGUUGUUGCGUCCAACGGGAAUCCCAGGCGCUUAGAGAUCAACCUGAUGCCCAGGAACCACAAGGUGGACAACUGCCAACAGCUGAUACGGCGAGAAACGCAAUGCAAGGCGCUCAGGAGCGGCCACAGCCAAAUGUCGUGCAAAAUGCAGUACCUGCACCUCAUCAGGUGAUGAACCCUUUUGAGGUAUGCCAGCGUUGUUGUUCUGCCAAGGAGCCAGCUCUACCUGUUGUGUCAAAUUUGCCUCAUAAUGACACACCAGCACCAUUCCAACUAUACGACAGUCUAGAGUCUGUGACCAUAGGAGGAGGAGAAAGAGGAAACGAGUUCCUUGUUGUAGACCCAAAAUCAGGUACAGCAGAACAAUUUCAGAUGCUGUAUUCUGGCUCAUAUACUCUUAGACCUGCGCAAGGAACCAGAGGGAAUAAUAUACAGUCACCUGCGUCUGCUCAAGUUAUCCAGCCGAUGGGAUCAGUUCAGCAAGAGUCCCCAAAUUUGCCUCCAUCUGCACAAUUACCACCAUCUCUACAAGUACCUGGCGCAAGAGGAGUGCAGCCUCCACAACAGUCUGAAGCACAAGGAUUGACUCAGCGCACAGCCAACGGUGCAGACGUGUAUGUGCGAUUGCCAGAUGCGUCAGAAUUGAACGGACACCUGCAGAGCAGUCUGUCGGACGCAACAGAAUCCCAGAUACUGCGGGCUGCAAUAGCAGAACUGUCUCAGUCGAAGGCCAAGAAUCCUGCUGUGUUUGUACGAAUACCUGAUGCAACUGAAGUGAAUCAGCAACAUUCCACCAAGAUGUCUGCGGGUACGGACACACCUAUGUCACUGGCCUUUAUCGAAAUGCAACCCUUUACACAACAAACUCAGGGAGCAUCCAGGUUCAAGCCUCCAGUUACUGAAAUAGGUGCUAGAGUACUCGAAGUCUUGCAGGAAGACCCACCACAGAAUAUAAAGAGGCAGUCUCACGGAUACGUAAAUGAUGUCCGAAGUCUGAUGCUUAGACGUCAUCUUCGUCUUUUGCUCCAGGGAGGGCACGUAUUUCCGCAUUCUCAUGAUAUAAAAACAUUACAGCAGUUAAAGGAGUACCUAGAGCAAAGGCGAAAAGCAGCCGAAGAAGCUUCAUUAGAGGAUUCUGAGGCAGACGUAUCACCUUUGUCUGUGACAGUCAUUGAGAGCCAAGCAAACGAGACGGAAGAAACACCGCAACCCACCACAUCACAGGCAGCAGCACCACCACAACCACAGCGAUCGUCUGAAACGACUGGAUCAGAGCUCGUGUCUACAGAAACUGGUCAGCAUGUUGGGAGCCAAGCAUCAGCAAAGGAGAACGCAUCGCAACCCACUACAUCUCGGGCAGCCGCACCGGUACAACCGCCGCGAUCAUCCGAGACGGCCAGAUCUGAGUCCGUGCCUACAGAAAUUGGUCAACAGGGUGGGAGACAAGCACCAGCGGCAGCACAUGAUUUGCAGCCGCAGACCCCUGUGCCGCAGUCGAGGCGAGCAGUCAUGCGGGGACAGCGUGCGCCCAUCCCGGGCCCCCGGGGAACGAACACAAGAUCACCAGGAUCCAGGGUUAAAGAAGAUUUCGGGUCAUCAGGCUCGGAUUCCUACGAUACUCCCGGACACAACGAGAACUCGUGAACUGGACUAAGAUGACACUACCGCGACAAAUUGGAUCUGGAGGUACUUGGAGCAAGCUGCAUGGUGGCCUUUCAACUCCGACAGCCAUUACGUCCCAUACUGGACGACCGAACUCUUGAAGACUCCGGACUGCUUAUCAAUAGAAAAAAAUCCUUGUAUUUGCAGACUGUUCAGAUAAAAUAUGCUGUUCAAUAUAGCUCUAAAA